UUCGUCAACACUUUCUACGAGGAAUAAGUCGCUCCUGCUUUACGCAAAAGUGCCCUAAAGAUCGUUUUUUUCUUCUUCUUCUCUUACUCCCAAAUCUCCUGUGAAAAGGAGUCUGUGCAGUGUAGUGUUCCUGUGUUGAUGCUGCGUGCAUCCUCUGUGAUUUUCGCGCGCAAAAAUCUUGCUCAAGUGAAGGAUUUUCUGAUAAAUCUCCCUACAUAGACAUUCUUUGCCGGAGAUUGCAGUGAAGAAAAAAGUGAAAAAAAUAGUAUUGAGUGUUUGUGAGAAAAGUGAAAUCUCAUGAAACACUUUACAGCAUAGAUUUAAUUACCUAUAUUAUAUUAUUUGUUAUACAUAAAAAAUGAAGAGAAGUUGGAAAUCGUUAUGUGAAGUCUUAUAUGAAAGUUGUGUGUAUGGCCUCUGAGACGAUGUAUUGCCAUUUACGCGGGAAAAUGAUCAUGAAUGCGGUUUUCCUCAUCCUCUUGACUACAUGGACGGCACAGGGGCAUACGGGUGAGGAUGAGCACCCCAAUGGCAUUGACUAUGCACCCGGGAGCAAUAAUUCCCUGGGAGGUACCAACAUGGAGACACCGCUUGAUGAGGCGGUGAAGAUUUUGCGCGAAAAAACAUCCAAUGCCGGUCUCUUUGAUUUCAAUCCAGACGAUCUUGAGGACAUCCAUGCAAAUCUCACGAGCACCCCAAUGCCCAUUACCACCGAGAUGACGGAACGGCUGGAACCGACAGUGUCGCAGAAUAUUAUAAAAAUUGCCAAGAAGAAGGUGCGGAUGGAGGUGGCACCAGAGGGUGGACGCAUGGACAAGGAUGACACCCCGUACACCUUUGAUCUCAUCACGCAACUCUUCAAUCACAAUCAGUGGAAAGUGGAGAAUAUUUCUCGUGAAAUUUCACCAAAGUGCCAGGGAGAUGUUGGUGUGUAUCUGAGUGAGCUGAAAUUGGGCAGAGCAUGGGCAUUAAAAGUUAGUGACUCAUCGGGGCGCUACCGGGGACAAUUUUUAUUUGGAAAUCUCUUCUGGAUGGGCUCAAAGCAGUACUGCCAUGACAUGAACAAUGAAUUGAGUCGGCAUACCAUCAAAUUCCAAUACACCGUAGCUAGAGUCAUGAUUAAAAUGAAGCCUUUUAUAUCAAAGACCAAAUCCAUUCAAGUAGGGCAAUGCCUUCCUACAACGUGCUCAACGGAUGAUGUGAGAUUGCUCCUAUUGUCCGAUCCUACGCUACGUACGUGCACCCAGCUAGCCCGGAAGCUGUCCAGCGGGGAGGAUAGUUUCACGCUGAAGGUAACACAGGUGCGCACAGUGCCAGGGGAGUACAGGUAUCAGGAUGAUAAGCGUCUCAAGGCACUCGCUAUCACAUGCAGCAUCACCCUCAUCAUUAUGCUGCUGGCGACAAUGUAUGAGUGUCGGCUGCGUGGUAAAAAUGCUCGGAGGGAAAUGAAAAACGUCCAGGGGGAGGAUGGUGUUGAUUGCGCAUGCAAGAGUCACACAAAUGGUCAGAGUAAUAGCAUCAGAAUGUACGAGACUGGCGCCGAGGAUAAACCGGUGGACAUUGAGAUGAGUGGACGCAGGGAGAAGGUGAAACUCGCCAAGGAAGAACGAACAGGAAUUCUCGCCCAAUUGUUCCUCUGCUUCUCCGUGUGCUCCAAUGCACGGGUCAUCCUCUCCUUGGAUAGGCCGCCACGGGAUUCUCUACCCUUCCUGCACGGCAUCCGCUUCAUGUCACUCAUGUGGACCAUUAUGGUGCACACAUACCUCCAGGUCUUUGCCAUCGGGGAGAAUCGGUACACCCGUGAUCUGGCAGAAAAGUCAUUUUUCUAUCAAAUAAUUGGGAACGCGACAUUCUCAGUGGAUUCAUUCUUCUUCAUUAGCGGUCUACUGGUCACACUUAUUUUCUUGCGGAAGCACACAGCCAGUGGUGGAAAAGAUGCAAAGGAUUCGCGUAUUGCAGUGAAGAGUAACAUCUGCAAAAGUAUCCUACUUGUGGUGUACAGAUACCUGCGCUUAACACCCGCUUACCUCUUUGUUAUAAUUGCAAAUGAGGUCUCACUCAGAUUCACGUACGACGCCUCCGUUUUUGCACCUGGCCUCAUAGACCACAUAACGUGUCACAAUUUCUGGUGGAGGAACAUACUCUACGUCAACAAUUGGUUCCCGUUUCAUGAACUAUGUAUGAUCUGGUCGUGGUACUUGGCCAAUGACAUGCAAUUCUACAUUAUGGCCGUACUGUUGCUUAUCUUUGCCACGAGACAUUUCAAGACAUCCGCUGUGAUAACUUUGGGCGUCUUAUUCAUCUCUUGGGUAACUGCAGCCACAGUUUCCCUGCACUAUCGCUUCACGCACAAAAUAUCGGAUCCAUUUGAGUCAUUUGAUUUUCUUUACGACAAGCCAUGGCAGAGGAUUGGACCCUAUAUUAUGGGGAUGAUUACUGGGUACAUUGUAUUCAGAUUGCCAACUCCACCCAGAAUAUCUUGGCUCACCAACAUGAUUCUUUGGCUUCUUUCUGUGGGAAUUCUCCUGGCUCUUGUCUUUGGCACAUGGAAUGGUGUUUUGAAUAUUCCACUGACCGCAAUGUACGUGAGCCUCGGUCACUCAGCUUGGGGACUGAGUCUCAUGUGGAUGACACUCUCCUGCUUCUGGGGCUAUGCAACAUCAAUCAACAACUUCCUCUCGGGCCGCAUCUUCCUGCCACUCAGCCGGCUGACCUACUGCACGUAUUUGAUCCAUCCGAUGAUCAUGAUGAUCACAUCCUUCCAAAUGGAAGCACCCAUCCACAUGCAGCACAGCUUUGUCAUCACAGCAUUCUUCGGCAAUGCCGUGAUCUCCUUCAUCACCGCCUUCAUCGUGUCACUCAUGUUUGAGGCGCCUGUGAUACGAAUGCUAAAGAUCAUCUUUAGGUGAGAGGACUUCCCCAAACUCUUUAUUUUCUGUUUGUCUUUUUUCCCUUUUCCCCCAAG